AUGGAUGUGAAUCAGUCCUCUGAGCUUACACUUGAGCUGACGUUCAGAGAUUAUUCGGGAGCAUCGAAGAAAGCCGAUUCUGCAGAGAUACGUCUUGUUCGAAAACUCGAUAUGCGAAUCAUGCCUAUAUUAUGGGUGAUGUAUUUUACGAAUUUUAUUGAUCGCAAUGCAAUGCCAAUCCUGGUCGGUACCCAAUAUAACACAUGUAUUUCAAUUUCCUUCAAAGCGACUGUCUCUUCCUGCACGGCAUUAACAAGGAAUUAUGUCGGGCUAGUUAUGGUAAGAUUCUUCCUAGAGAUCGCUCUCCGUAUCUCCAUCUUCUACUCGGGCAACAUCCUCGCUACCGUGAUCUCAGGCCUGAUAGCCACAGCGAUCUUCGCUACCCUAGACAAGAAACGCGGCGUGGUCACUUUCGGAAUUGCAGUUGCCGGAAUAUUCAUGCUCCCAGACCACCCACUGGCGACUCACUGGCUCACUCCAGACGAGCGCCUGGUAGUCCACAACCGUAUCGAGAAGGACGCAGUUCGUAGGGAGGACAGCUUCUUCCCGGCUGUGAUUGGGAGUCUUGGGUUCAACCGGUCAAUCAUGUCAAUCCUCACCUGUCCCGCGUACAUCCUAUCCUGUCUCGCCGGUAUCGUGGUCCGUAUCACAUCUGGUCGGUACAAUGAGCGCACCUGGCACAUCACCUUGGGCAUGGGUAUCGACAUCGUCAGAUUUAUUAUUUCCUGCAUAACGUUGAAUGCCGCUGCCCUGUAUUUAUCUUUCUUUCUCUUGGCCAGUGGCCCUUACUCCAUCAACUCUGCCAAUCUGGGCUGGGUCUCCGCGACUAUGGGCCAGACGCCGGAAAAGAAGGCCGCGUCCCUAUCUUUUAUCAGUAUGAUGGCGAAUACGUCGUAUAUUUACACGGCGUACCUCUACCCCAAGAGUGAUGGGCCUCGUUAUCUGACUGCUAUAGCGUUGAAUGCGGCUUUUUGCUUCUCUACUGUCGCCUGUGCUUGGGUUUUAAGGCUCUGGUUGCAGAGCGCAAAUAGGCAGAUUAGGUUGGGUGCUGUUUCGGGCGCAAAUGAACGGGUCUUAUAUGCGUACUAA